CGGGCCCUGAGCUAGCCCGUGAGUACCUGCAGCUGGCUGAUGAUGGCCUGGUGGCCCUGGACUGGGUCAUAGGACCUUGUCCUAGGGGCCGCCGGGUCACUAAUUCUGGAGGCCUCCCCCCGGUGCUGCUAGUAAUCCCCAAUGCGUGGGGACGGCUCACCCGCAAUGUGCUGGGGCUCUGCCUGCUGGCCCUGGAGCGCGGCUACUACCCUGUCAUCUUCCACCGCCGCGGGCACCACGGCUGCCCCCUGGUCAGCCCCCGACUACAGCCUUUCGGGGACCCGUCCGACCUCAAGGAGGCGGUAACUUACAUUCGCUUCCGACACCCGGCGGCCCCCCUGUUCGCGGUGAGCGAAGGCUCUGGGUCCGCGCUGCUGCUUUCCUACUUGGGGGAGUGCGGCUCCUCCAGCUAUGUGACCGGCGCGGCCUGCAUCUCGCCGGUGCUACGCUGUCGCGAGUGGUUCGAGGCUGGUUUGCCUUGGCUCUAUGAGCGUGGGUUCCUGCUGCACCAGAAAAUCACCCUCAGCAGGUAUGCCUCGGCCCUGGAGGACACAGUAGACACCAGCAGGCUCUUCAGGAGCUGCUCCCUUCGAGAGUUUGAGGAGACCCUAUUCUGCCACACCAAGAGUUUCCCCAUCAGCUGGGAUACCUACUGGGACCUGAAUGACCCACUUCGGGAUGUGGAUGAGGCUGCUGUACCUGUGCUGUGUAUCUGCAGUGCUGAUGACCCACUGUGUGGACCCCCAGACCACACUCUGCCCACGGAACUCUUCCAAAGCAACCCUUACUUCUUCCUGCUGCUCAGUAAGUGUGGAGGCCACUGUGGCUUCCUGCGCCCUGAGCCCAUGCCAGCGUGGAGCCACGAGGUCAUCUUGGAGUCCUUCAGGGCCCUGACUGAAUUCUUCCGAAUGGAAGAGCGGAUGAGAGGGCUGAGCAGGCGCAGGACUUCAUUUUUAGCAGGGCGUCGUCGCUGGGGAGGCCUGCAAAAGCGAGAGGUCUCACCCUCUUCCAAUCUGGAGGAGAUGUUCAACUGGAAGCGUUCUUACACCAGGUGAGGCUUGCCUGGCGAAGCCCCUUAGCCUUCGAGAAAGACCCCAACAGAUACCCCAGGGGCUGGAAAUCUGAGGACUAAGCAGGGGAGCUCUGCUCCCUUCUCUCUUAAAACUGGCUAUAGAGAACAUUCAGCCCAAGCACACUACCUUGAGAACUGCCCGGCUCUGGGAAACACAUUCCUGCUCACCCUGGUCACUGUCUUCUGUCAUCAAAGUCACAAGUCAAGUAAUAGCACAGGCUAAGUAGACUGGGGAAAAAAAAAAUGCUAGCUGUCCUUGCUGUGACUCCAGGGAAGAUGAGCUUAUGCAAGUCAAUGGGUGGUUGUGUCCCACAUAAAUAAUCAGCUUGGUGACUCUGAGUCUGAGCUGGAGCCACUCGGUACAGAAAGGACAGGAUGUUUGUGUCUCUGUCGCACUCCCUCAUGUGCUCUGCGGUUGUGGUUCGACUGUGAGUUCUGCAUCAGCAGCUGGGGAAGCAGGCGGUCAGAGUUGCCUGGCUCUCCCCAGUCUGAGAAGGCAGCAGAGGCAGGACAUGCUGGGCUGAGUGAGGCCAGCUUGCUAAGAGCUCACAAGGGUAGACUGUGAUUCUGUCCCUGCCUCUCAUGGUGGGAGCUCCAGGGCUGAGCUGGGGCUAGGCCACCCACUCCAGCAUGGGCUGAGCCAUCUCCCAGGGGUAUUUUCAGAAUAGGAAGUGCUAUUGCCCAGUGUCAAAGGGUUCUGUUAGACCAUGGUUGUGGUAGGCAGGUUAGGCCAGAAGUACACUCCAGUUCAGUUCUGAUUCAGGAGACUCCUCUAGAGAGCUGUAGCCAGGUGUAUUCCUCUUGAGAUGUGGGCUUUCUAGAAGACAAGAAUAACCCUCAUAACAGGAUUUCUGACCACUUUUCUUCUAGUACUAGCCAUUCCCUUUCCAAAGCCAGACAAGAGAUCUGUAGAGGAGAGAAAAAUCCCAAGAGCUUGAUGAACGCAAUCCAGCUAUUUAUGAGUGUCUCACAUUACCAGUUUUGUCUGCUCAAUUAUUCAAAAGGCAGGAAAGCUGAUUUCUGGACCCGACCACUCAGCCACUAAGUGGGUGUUCAGUUUUAUGGGGAAUAAUGCUGAAGAACAGAGGACAAGAAGGUAUACCACACAGAUUGACUUACAUAUCCUGGAUUGUAUUAAGCAUUUAAACAUUAUUUUGACAAUUGAA